CACCAACCCGUCUGAGUCGUCUUCCAGCUUCGCCUCGAGUGAUCCAGUCCACCUUCCAGCGUCGUCAAUGGCGUCUCCCUCCCCCAAACCCUAGCCCCUCCCCUCCCCUUCCAACACCAGCCAUGGGAUCCCACCCGGCGCCGCCCGCGACCUCCCGCACGGCCCUCUCCCCAUUCGCGACGCUCGACCCGGCCGCGCUCGCCGCGCUCCCGGCCACCACCCCCAUCACCGUCCGCUCCGCCGCGCUCUCCGCGCCGCACCUCCUCUACCUCGGCACGGGCGGCGGCAAGCUGCUCCUCUUCUCCCUCCAGACCCCCUCCGCCCCCGAGUUCCUCCGCCUCGUCCCCACCGGCGCCACCCGCCCCGUCUCCGCCAUCCUCCCGCUCCCCUCCGUCUCCCGCGUCCUCCUGCUCGCCGACGGCGCCCUCCUCCUCGCCGACCCGCUCCUCGCGCGCCCCGUCCGCCGCCUCGGCUCCCUCCGCAACGUCGCCGCCGUCGCCGCCUCCUCCCCCUCCCCCUCCUCCUGCUCUCUCGCGGUCGCUGUCGGGAAGAAGCUGCUCGUCAUCGACCUCACCCUGCGCGAGGCCGACGAGCUGGAGGUCCAGACGCGCGAGAUCGCCGCCGGCCCCGCCGUAGACGCCAUCAGCGUGCUCGCCUGGGUCGGCGAGGACUCGGUCUUCGCUGGCGCCGCCUCGGGGUACUCGCUCUUCUCCACCGGCGGCGGCGGGACGGGGCAGAGCGUGGACAUAUUCGCUCUCCCGGAGUCGGCCGGGUCGCCCAGGAUCAGGCCGCUGUCCGGGGGCGAGGAGGUGAUGCUCCUGGUGGACAAUGUCGGCGUGGUUGUCGACCGGUUCGGGCACCCUUCCGGAAGCAGCUUCGUGUUCAACAGCAGGCCGGAUUGCAUCGCCGAGGUAUUUCCGUACGUGGUGGUGGCCGGGGAGUCUAAGUUGGACGUGUACAGGAGGAGGAACGGGGCGCACUUGCAGACCAUCGCGAUCGAGAGUAGCCGCGCUGGUGCGUUGACCGUGGCGAGUGAUGAUAAGGUCGUUGUGGUCGCUACGGCUUAUAAGGUUUUCUGCUACAUCAAAGUAUCUGCAGUGGAACAGAUCAAGGCACCAUUGCGAAGAAAGAGUUAUAGGGAAGCUAUUUCUUUGUUGGAAGAGUUUGAAUCUGAUGGUGAAAUCUCGAAGGAUAUGAUCUCCUUUGUCCAUGCACAGCUUGGAUUCUUACUAUUCUUUGACUUGCGUUUUGAGGAUGCUGUUAAUCAUUUUUUGCUGUCGGAGACUAUGCAACCAGCAGAAAUAUUUCCAUUCAUCAUGCGGGAUCCUAAUCGCUGGUCGGAUCUGGUGCCAAGAAAGCGUUAUUGGGGCUUGCAUCCUCCUCCUAAGCCUCUUGAAGAAGUUAUUGACGAUGGACUGGUAACACUUCAACGGGCAUUGUUUCUCAAAAAAGCAGGUGUGGACACAGUUGUGGAUGAAGAUUUCCUUUCAAAUCCUCCAAGUAGAGCUGAUUUAUUGGAACUAGCUAUCAGAAAUAUUAUCAGGUACCUGUGUGUAGCACGUGAGAAGACCUUGUCUCCUGCAGAGAUGGAAGGAGUUGAUACUCUUCUGAUGUACCUUUAUAGAGCACUCGAUCUUGUUGAUGACAUGGAGAGGCUUGCAUCAUCUCAAAAUAGCUGUGUUGUGGAGGAACUAGAAUCACUGUUGGAAAACUCUGGACAUCAGCGGACACUUGCUUUCUUAUAUGGUAGUAAGGGAAUGUGCUCCCAAGCUGUUGCUAUCUGGCGUAUCUUAGCAAGGAAUUACAGCACAGGUUUGUGGAAGGAUCGUCCUAAUCUGCCUGAAACGGACUCCCAUGAAGCUUUGGCUGAAAAAAUGUCUGGUGAGCAAAUUGCUGCUAUCGAAGCCUCCAAGAUACUUCAAGCAACAUCUGAUCAGGACCUUGUUCUGGAACAUCUUGGAUGGGUAGCAGACAUUGAUCAGGACCUUGCAACUGCAAUUUUAACAUCUGAGAUGCGGGAAAAACAGCUUUCUGCUGAAAAGGUUAUUGCUGCCCUUGAUUCAGGAAAGGUUGGGAUUCACCAAAGAUAUUUGCAGUGGUUGAUCGAGGAUCAGGGCUGUGAUGACCCUCACUACCACACAUCAUAUGCACUAUUGCUGUCAAAAUCUGCCAUGCAAGCAUUUCAUGUGGAGUCAAAUUCCAGAGAGAAAGAUGAUAGAGAAAUUGACUCCGAUGUACAGUUCAUUUUUUCGUUGAGAGAAAGGUUGCAAUUAUUUUUGCAAUCUUCAGACUUGUAUGAUCCAGAAGAAGUGCUUGAUGUUAUAGAAGAAUCUGAACUUUGGCUGGAAAAGGCAAUAUUAUAUAGGAAAAUGGGCCAAGAGAACAUUGUACUUCAGAUACUGGCACUGAAGCUGGAGGAUAGCGAAGCUGCUGAGCAGUACUGUGCAGAGAUUGGUCGAGAUGAUGCAUAUAUUCAGCUUUUGGAUUUGUAUUUGGACCCCAAAAAUGGGAGAGAACCAAUGUUCACAGCAGCUGUCCGACUUCUGCAUAAUCACGGAAAAUCUCUGGAUCCCAUACAAGUAUUGGAGAGAUUAUCCUCCGACAUGCCUCUUCAACUAGCCUCAGAUACAAUUUUGCGAAUGCUCAGAGCUCGGGUGCACCAUCAUCGCCAAGGGCAGAUAGUUCAUAGUUUAUCACUCGCGACAAACCUUGAUGCACGGUUGACAAGAUUAGAGGAGAGAUCAAGGCAUGUGCAGCUAACUGAUGAGAGCAUCUGUGAUUCAUGUCGAGCUCGGCUUGGCACAAAGCUGUUUGUCAUGUACCCAGACGACUCAGUUGUUUGCUACAGGUGCUACCGAAACCAAGGUGAUUCCGUUUCACGACGAGGCCGUAACUUCAGGAAAGAUGCUAUAUUUAAACAGAGCUGGCUUGUCAGUAGGUAGCGAAGUCUGCACAGUUCCCUCUGAAAACAGUCUAAAAUACAUACCAUGGUCGGGGCUCGGGGGCUCUGCGAUGCGUUAUCAUUCAUGGUGAAGGGGGUCAGACUCUGAUGGCCCUGGAAAUUGAUGAGCUCGGAAUGUGUUGAGAAGCCUGGUUGGCUCUCUGUGAUACUGUUUUCUUUUUUUCUCGUGACACUUGAAGAUGGGAUAUAACUUACAGGAAUAGUUUGUUAAUUAGUCAUCACACUGUAAAGGCGUAGAAAUGAGCAUUCUGGUAAAUGGCGUGUGUAACUGACGAGCAGAGAGAUAGAAACAAUAUUGACACAUACAUCAAUUUGACUAGUACAUCUCAGUCAUGAU